AUGCAUGCACAUAAAUGGAAAACACGAGUAGAUCACGACCAAUUAUCGGGACUAUCCGAUAAUGUACUAAAUUAUGACAAUGCAGGAAAUGGAAUAAAGGAAUUGCCUGGAGCCCACGAAACCAAGGGGAUAGCAGGGAAAAUACCAUGGGGGAAAGUAGCUGUUGGAGUCAUGGCUUCAUUAAGAAGUUUCCUAAGGAAACGAAUAUUCAGAAGGACCAACUCAUUCAAGAAAUGGACUGAACUGGAUGAAUGGGAAGACAGUGAAAUUUCGAAUAAUGACUCACGUAACCAGACAGACGAGGAUCCAGAGGAUCGGGGGCAUUCAUAUAGUAUCCGAUACGGCGUCAGAUAA